AUGGCUUGCUGUGCAUUGCAAACUGUGGCCCUGCUGCUUGGGGGCAUUGGCAUGGUUGGAACAUUUACCGUCACUCUGAUGCCUCAGUGGAAAGUAUCUGCCUUCACAGAAAGUAACAUCAUAGUCUUUGAGACCAUUUGGGAGGGUCUAUGGAUGGUGUGCGUCAAUCAUUUCAAGAAGCAUCAGUGCAAAUUCUACGGAUCCUUGUUGGCCCUUCCACCUGCCUUGGAAGCAUCCAGAGGACUAAUGUGCACAGCAUGUGCCCUGUCAGUUAUUGCCUUUCUGAUUGCCAUUGCUGGCACAAAGUGCAUCCGAUGUCCUGGCAGUAAUGAGCAGAUGAAGAACAAGAUUCUGUUGGCAGCUGGAGCAAUUUUCCUUCUGACUGGGGUCAUUGUGCUGAUUCCUGUUUCCUGGACUGCCAAAAACAUCAUCGAGGACUUCCACAAUCCAGUAAUCCAGUUUGGCCGUAAACGUGAACUGGGACCUGCACUCUAUUUAGGCUGGAUCACUUCAGCAUGUCUAAUCAGCGGAGGAGCCAUAUUUUGCAGCUUUUGUGGCUCUGCAGAGAAGCCUGGAAGAUACCGAGAUUCAUUGCCAUCCAGUCGCAGACUGAACAAACCUGAACAUAUCAGGAUGAUGCCUCUAAGUGUACAUUCUUACGUCUGA